GGCGAAAUGGAUAUCCCAUUGAUCCAGCAACAAAUCUCGCAAACUGGAACUGUCCUGACGCUGGAUCUGAAAGGCAAGGUGGAAGUCAAUUUAUACUGGUUCUUAAAAAAAAGUGCGUCGACCCACCAACGUUUCAAGUAUUUCGAGUCUGCAAGAACAAUGAAAACAAAGUGGUUCCGAGCUGUUUGUUUUUAG